UCUCUCUUAUUUUGUCGAAAUGGAUUCAACUAGUUCCAAUCAUCAUGAUUUCAACACUUUCAAACAGCUCUACGAAAGUGUGAUGAGGGGUGAGAAGGACAAAGUCGAGGAUCUAUACUGCAAAAUCCCUGCGCAACCAACCCGGCCCCUGACGGUGUCCCACGACACCGUUUUGCACAUUGCAAUAUACAUGGAGCGAAAAGACAUUGCAAGACAGAUCCUGGCCAAGAUCACAAACGAACGCGACUACAGACAUUUGCUGACGACGAGGAAUUCCGCUGGAGACACGGUUCUUCACGAGGCCGCCGCCACAGGCAUGACGGAGCUCGCCAAGGAGAUGCUGAGUUUGGCGCCGGAGCUGCUUUCCAUUAAUAACAGGCUUGGGGAAACACCUCUCUUCAGAGCUGCACAUUACGGCCAGGCUGAAAUGUUUAAUCUCUUGGCUGAUCAAGUUGAUAAGAAAGGCCCGGAGUUUCAGAAACUCCAUCUCUCUAGGGAAGAUUCCACUACUAUUCUCCAUAUUACGAUACUUGCUGAGUUCUUUGAUCUUGCGUUUGUAAUAGCUGAAAGAUACCCUCAUUUAGUGUAUGAAAAAGAUGACAGUGGGAUGAUAGGCCUCCAGCUACUCUCAAGCAAUCCUGCAGCAUUCAAGAGUGGGAAAAGUCAUGGAUUACUAAAAAGAUUUAUAUACUAUUGCAUCCCGAGUGAAAACUACCCUGACGAUCAGAACCAAGAAGAAGUUGGUGGACAUGAGGAAAAAAAAGAAGACGUACGUAUAAAUGAAUUAGGAUUAAUUGGCAAAGGAUGGCCCGUGAUGAAUGAAAUCUACAACGAAAAGAAAAGGCAUGAAUCGGCUUUUAGACUAGCCAAGUUGCUAAUAAAACAAGACACUUCUUGGGAGGUAAGCAUGUCGAAGGAAGAUAGGGGCAAGAUUUCGGUCGGAAACUUUGAUAAUCCGCCUGAAAGUACAGAUAACGACGAUGAAGAAGGGAAAAAGGGUCGAGCAAACAAAAAAAGAAAAGCGGCUAACUUGCAAAAGAAUACUACUCUCACAGACGAAACAGGGCCAACAACAGAUAAAUUGUUACAAAACACACCACCAAAUCCUGCUGAUAUGCUUGAUUCUUCCAUGGAAGCCGUGUUUUCGGUUUUGGUUCAAGACGAAUCAGAAGAUCAAAAAGCCCCUGAAAGCAAAAUAGUACAGAAAGCAGAACCUGGAGGAGGAGGCCUUCCAAAUCCCAUGAUGACAGAGAGCACAAACACUUCCAAUGUUGAAAGUAGUACUAGUACUAGUACUAUUGACAAAACCAAAGGGAAGAAAGCUUUGUCACAUUCUCCUCCUACGUCGCUGCUGAUUGCAACAAGCAGAGGAAUUGUAGAGAUUGUCAAUGAGAUACUAAGAGUGUAUCCGCAGGCGGUUGAGCAUGUGAGUGAUAUGGGACAAAACAUAUUGCAUGUGGCGAUUAAGUACCGACAGUUAGAUAUCUUUCGCCGCGUUAAGAAGAUGCAAUUGCCCAUGUCGAGGUUGGUCCGGAGAAUCGACAUUAAUGGCUACACAAUCCUGCACCAUGUUGGAGUUAUGAACUAUUAUACCGGAGGCACUCUGCCUGGUCCUGCACUCCAGUUGCAAGAGGAAUUGCUUUGGUUUGAGCGUGUCCGGAAGAUUAUUCCGCCACACUACGAGAUGCACCGGAGCCGGUUCAAAGACAAAAGCGAGACGGCGGAGGAGUUCUUCCGCCGCACCCACGAGAAGCUCCUGAAGGAAGCUCAGGAAUGGCUUAAGCGGACGUCGGAAUCAUGCUCAGCCGUAGCGGUCCUCAUCGCCACCGUGGCCUUCGCCGCCGCAUACACCGUCCCGGGAGGCUCCGACCAGGACACAGGAGUUCCCGUCCUCUUGCACGAUCCUUUCUUCUUGGUAUUCACCGUAAUGGACGUCCUCUCUCUCGCCAGCUCCUUGACUUCCGUCGUCAUGUUCCUCUCUAUUCUCACCUCCCCUUUCGAGCUCCGGGAUUUCCGCCUUGCUCUCCCCCGCAAGCUCAUCAUGGCCUUCACUUUCCUCUUCUUCUCGGUGGCGGUGACAAUGCUGGCCUUCGCGGCGACGAUAGUUUUGAUCAUUCACCUGAAGAACCGAUGGACUACGAGUAUCAUUUACACGGUGGCUUUCCUUCCCGUUACUGUUUUUGCGCUCUUGCAGUUUCCUCUUUAUCUCGCGUUCAUGGACACUGUGAAAUCGACCCUUAAAGUCAUCAAGAGAGCUGUUCAUUGGUAUACUAUCCCUCGUUGGUUUAAGUCCACCCUUGUUAGCAAGAACGAUUAA